UUGUUUGAAAAGAAUUAUGAGUAUAUAUUAGUAAUACAUAAAUGGUAGUUAAGAGCUGGUUACAUUUAAGUCUAAGAAUCCAGAAAUGGCAUUAACCUUGCAAACUCCGCUUUAUGCAGCUGUUUCUUCCAUUCCCACAAGAACAUCCUUCUCCCUUCGUUCAACACCGCCACCAACUCUUCUCAUCAACUACCGGAACUCCUUCCCCCGAAUUCACGCUUCCUCCAAUAUCGACACUGCAAUCACUGAAUUGGAUGCUGUAUCCGCCUUCAGCGAGAUCGUUCCAGAUACCGUUAUUUUCGAUGAUUUCCAAAAGUUUCCUCCAACUGCUGCUACUGUCAGUUCAUCGCUUCUUUUGGGUAUAUGUGGUCUUCCAGAUACUAUUUUUAGGAAUGCUGUGGAAAUGGCUUUGGCUGAUGCUGAAUGUUAUGGACUUGAAGAUCCUAAUACAAGAUUAUCUUGUUUCGCAACCAAGGCUUUAGUGAAUGUUGGUAGUGACAUGGCAAAGCUUGUCCCUGGUCGUGUUUCAACAGAAGUGGAUGCCCGUCUGGCUUAUGACACACAUGGCAUUAUCAGGAAGGUGCAUGACCUGUUGAAGUUGUACCAUGAUAGUAAUGUCCCUCCUCAACGUCUUCUAUUUAAAAUUCCUUCAACUUGGCAAGGAAUAGAGGCUGCAAGAUUGCUGGAAUCUGAGGGCAUACAGACACAUUUGACUUUUGUUUACAGCUUUGCCCAAGCUGCUGCUGCUGCUCAAGCUGGUGCUUCAGUUAUUCAAAUUUUUGUUGGUCGUGUCAGGGACUGGGCACGUAAUCAUUCUGAUGACCAAGAGAUAGAAUCUGCCAAGCUAAAUGGAGAGGAUCCUGGAUUGGCAUUGGCCGCAAAGGCUUACAACUAUAUUCACAAAUAUGGACAUAAGUCAAAGUUGAUGGCAGCCGCAGUCCGCAACAAGCAGGACCUAUUUAGUCUUCUGGGGGUUGACUACAUCAUAGCUCCAUUGAAGGUGUUGCAGUCUCUCAAAGAAUCUGUUGCUUCUCCUGAUGAGAAGUACUCUUUUGUUAGGAGGCUAUCACCUCAGUCUGCUCGGAGCUACAUGUUUAGUGAUGAAGAGCUAAUUAAAUGGGACCAAAUGAGCCUUGCAAAUGCUAUGGGGCCAGCAGCGGUGCAGCUUCUGACUGCUGGGCUAGAUGGUUAUGUCGAUCAAGCAAAGCGGGUGGAAGAUUUAUUUGGGAAAAUUUGGCCACCACCAAAUGUAUAAUUUGACUUCUUUAUGUUGCUCUAUAGAUGUUAAGCCUGAUGGAAUAAACAGAUCAUACAUCAGAUGAAGGGAAUCUUCCGUUUGUAUUUUCAUUUCUCCCUUGAGCUCCUGAACAUUUCCGAUUUACUUCUAAAGCACCCGGUUCCUUAAAAGCAUCACUUAUUAUCUUUACAUACAUCAUUUUGUUGCA